UAGACGAAUAAAGUCAUGCUUCUUUACUAACAAUAUUAUAGAUGGAAUAGUGUUUGUUAGUUUAUCUUCUACUUGGUAUACAAUAAAGAAAUAGACGAUGUAGUUCAUUGCAUAGAUACUUCAAAAACCGAAAGUGACAUAGCUUAGUUUUAAACUUGAAAAAAAAAACGCGGACGAAGCAGUUCUCAUUUGUCAUUAUGAGUGUUGUAGACGAUUUCUCUAACUGUGCGACAGACGUGCGUUUAGUUGGAAAAGUGGCUUUAGUGACCGGAGCAACAUCAGGCACAGGUAUGGAAAUUGCCAAAAACUUGGCCAAACGUGGCGCCAAAGUUAUAAUCGCAAGUCGAAACCCUGACAAACUGAAAGCAUCUAGACACGAAAUCAUCCGGAGCUCGGGAAACGAAAAUGUACACACCAAACAAAUAGACUUCGAAUCUCUCAAAUCAAUACGCAACUUCGCCCAAGAUAUGCAAACAUUUGAACCGAAGCUGAACAUUCUAAUAAACAAUAUCGGUGCGGUUGGCUUAGAGGAUAAACUGACUGGUGACAAUUUACAUACAAUGAUGCAGGUGAACUAUUAUGGGGCGUUUUUACUCACAUUUCUUCUAUUCCCUUUGCUGAAAUCAUCAGCACCGAGCAGAAUAAUAAAUGUAUCAUCCCUAGCACUUAUUCUUGGAAAAAUUGAAUUAGAUCAUAUGAAUGAUGUCGGGAGGUACUCUAAUUUCGGAUUCUACUGCAAUGCGAAGCUAGCCGAUGUGCUCUUUUCCGUAGAAAUGGACAGGAGAGUGAGAGGCAGUGGCGUCAAUGUGUACAGCAUGGAUCCAGGUUUAGGGAAAUCUCAGUUUUUUAAUAACUACCAUAAUUUGUUUUGGAAGAAUACCUUGAACACCUUACUCCUUAUAUUUGGCAGACCCUUGGAUAGGGUUGCAACAAUGCCUGUGUUUUUGGCAAUAGAUCCGAGGGUGGAGGGAUCUAGUGGGAAACAUUUUAGGGAUUGCUACGAGUUUUACAGUACCUGGUUGGCUAACGACACAGUUCUUACAGGAAGACUGUGGGACGAGUCGAAGCGAUUAGUGAGAAUUACACCAGAAGAAGAUUGGGAAAGAGUGUAG